GGAGCGCUCCUGGCUCUCCGGAGAAGGGUGGCUGUGUGGUCCCUGUGGAUGCCCCUUCUCUGGGCAGCACCGCUUCCUGUCGCGGCUACUGGUGCCCACGUGCAGGGCCAGGUCGGGGGCUCGGUGCUGCUGGCGGCAGAGUGCCACCCUGGCUUCCAAGUCCGAGAGGCCAUCUGGCGGUCUCUCUGGCCCUCGGAGGAGCUCCUGGCCACGUCUUUCCGGGGUUCCCUGGAGAUCCUGUACCACUCCCGCUUCCUGGGCCGCACCCGGCUGCACCGCAACCUGAGCCUGGAGCUCGGGCCGCUGGAGUCCGGGGACAGCGGCAACUUCUCCGUGUUGCUCGUGGACACUGAAGGCCGGGCCUGGACCCAGAUCCUGCAGCUCAAGGUGUACGAUGCAGUACCCAGGCCUACGGUACAAGUGUUCAUUGCUGUAUCUCAGUCCCCCAAGACCUGCCAGGCUUUCCUGUCCUGUUGGGUCCCCAACAUCAGUGACAUAACCUAUAGCUGGCGACAGGAGGGGACCAUUGACUUUGGUAUCGAGCCACAUGGCCUCUUCACAGAUGGACAGGUGUUGAGGGUUUCGCUGGGACCAGAAGACAAGGGCAUGGCCUUUUCCUGCAUUGUCUCCAACCCCGUCAGCUGGAAUUCGACUAUAGUCACCCCCUGGGAGAGCUGCCAUCAUGAGGCUGCCCCAGGGAAGGCCUCCUACAAGGAUGUGCUGCUGGUGGUGGUGCCUGUCUUGCUGCUUCUGGUCCUGGCUGGUCUCUCUGCCUGGUACUGGGGCCCCUGCUCAGGGAGAAAGAAGAAGGAAGUCUGUGCUGAUGAAGUCACUCUACAAACAGAGAACCCCCUUGUGUAGGAUCUGCCAUGA